AGGAGGUGGAGGCGGCGAUAGCGCAGUACGGCUGCUUUCAGGGCGGCGAGCAGGGCGACACCAGCAGAAGUAACAGCAGUAGCGGUAGCGGUAGCCGUACGGGUUUGCUGCGAUCCAAAGCCGUACCAGGAGCUCCAGCAGCAGCAGCAGCAGCACCAGCACCAGCAGCAGCUUCAGCUUCAGCCCUGCUGCCGCCGCCCAUGCCGGUGCCGCCCGUUCGCUCGCAGCUGCUGCAGCUGUGCGCGAACCCGCUGUGUGGCAGCUACGGAGGCGCGUGUGAGGGCAGUUUGAAGCUGGGGAAGUGCUCCGGCUGCGGGGGGGCAGUGCAGUACUGCUGCGGGGAGUGUCAGCGGCAGCACUGGCGGGCGGGACACAAGCAGGAGUGUGUGCUGGUCAAGGGACGGGCACACGAGAAGGGUACCGGUGCGUGAGGAGAGAGCUUAAUCGGGGGAGAGCGGAGCCGACAGGAGGGGGUGUGGGGGGCGGUCUAAGCAGUUUCGUUGACGAAAAGGGUUUGCUGGAUGCAGCUGACCAGCCAGACAUGUCGGCGCUGUGUGUUUUACUUUGUUGCAGCUCUUUUCCAUGAGUUGUGGGUGGCACUUGGCGGUUGCCUGACGAUUGAACUAACCGGUUGAAUGAAAGAGCAGACAUGUGGGCUUCGCCACCUGUACGGCACGAAGACUCCGAUCUUCCUACCUACUUGCGUCGGAACAUACACGAGCAGGGGUGGAACAAACCCGCACACAACAAACGCGCUUGGUCAGCAAAUCUCUUACACGGUACUGCCGGCCGGGGACCCGCUGCGUGCUGGGAGCAGCAGGGGGCUGCUGACAGGGCAGGAGAGGCUCGACAUUUGUCAUCGCCCCC